AAACAAAAGAAAGAGAUUGAAGGGAGAAGGAGAAAGAAAAGGCCGUGGUUUCCGACGAGAAAUGCUAAAUCCUCCUACAGGUGAAGACCUUACAGCGUUCACAGUACACACACCUUACAGAUGCCUGUGGCGGUAACAAUACCCAGUUAUCAGCACCGCAUCUACGCUUCACUCAUCUACAUCGCCAAGGCUAAGAAAACCACCAUGGCCAGCACCAGCAGCAGCAAUCCUGGUGGGGCCUUCACCACCCUCCAAGAGAGGGUCACUUUCGAGAAGGAGAUAAAAAAGAGCAAGUUCAUCGCCAUUGCUGGCCCCAUCCCCGAUGAAAAAUCCGCCAUGUCUUUCCUUUCCCUGGUACGGGAUCCACGUGCCACCCACAAUUGCUGGGCUUAUAAGGUGGGGGAUCAAUAUCGGUCCAAUGAUGAUGGUGAGCCUUCAGGAACAGCUGGGAAACCAAUACAAACUGCUAUUGAUUCUUCAGGAAUAGAUAGAGUAAUGGUGGUUGUGAUCAGGUAUUUUGGGGGUAUCAAAUUAGGCACUGGAGGAUUGGUCAGGGCUUAUGGAGGAGUUGCAUCAGAAUGCUUGAGAAAUGCCCCAACUUGCCUUGUAAAAACUAAGGUGCCAAUGGGUGUAGAGGUUCCCUUUGAGCUAGUUGGAGUUCUCAACCAUCAGCUGCAGUCUUUUCACGUGGAAGACAUCAAGCAGGAUUAUGAUACUGGUAAAGAUGGCAUAUCUAUGGUUACUUUUAAAGUUGAUUUUGAUCAAGCUGAGAAAUUGGAGGAUGCAAUCAAAGCCAAUUGUAGCAGAGAAUUGCAGUUUUAUAGGCGUUGAGACGUGAUUACAAGAGAUGUGACUUUUGGAUUUAGUUUAUAUUUUUCUUAUAUAUGGUAGAUGCUUCUUCAUCUGAAGAUUGGAUGAAUUAGACAUCUCCAGGAUUUUUUUACUAAUUUGCAGAUAUGAGAUUAACUUGUUUACAGAAUUGUUUUGAAAACUAAAAUGUAUUUGUUUGUAAUUUACUAAUGAUGUUACAUAAUUUGUAAAUUCAGUAGAAAUUAUAACAGAUUAUGAAUU